AUGGACGAUAAUUCAGUAUCUAAUAUUUUAAAACCAAUUGAUGAAGAAGAAAGAAUACAAUUACAAAACAAAUUGAAUGAACAAAGAUUAGAACUAGAAGAAAAGAAAAAGUAUCUAGAAGAAUUGAAAAAAUCAAAUGAAAGAGCAAAAGGUGUAUCAGAGUUACAAUACACUGAUGAUUAUCCAGAUCCUGAUAAAAUGCUAGAGAAUUUUUUAGAAUCCUUAGAAAAAGAUGAAAAAGAAAUAGGAGAAUUAUAUGAACAACGAAAAGAUAAAGAUAUGAAAUAUUUAGAUAACCAUUUAAUAAGUAGUAAUAUUUCAAAUGAUAAAUUUUACAAUAACAAUAAUUCUUUAGAAGAUCAAAUGGAACAAUCAUUUAUUUUUAAAAAAAAAACGUCUAUAAAAAAUUUUAAUUUUAAAAUUAACAAGUUAAACGAAGCAAGAGUUAUAAAUGUUCAACAAAAAGAUAUAAAACAUUUUGAUAAAUCAAUUCAAGUUAACUUAAUUGACGAAAAAAAUACUACUACUGAAAAGAAAAAAGAAAAGAUAACUGCAUUAUCACUAAAUAAAGACCAUUCAAUAAAUAAAAUUAAAGGAGACAAAUUAAAUAAUAAUAUAGUAAAUGACAAAAAGAGUGUUAUAUUAAAAUUAAAAAAAAAAAAAAAAAAAAAAUCAGUGAAAAAAGAGGACCAGCAACAAAAAGACAAAAAAAAAGAAAAUGAAGAAGAAAAUGAAGAGAAAAUGAGAAAGGAAGACCGAAAGGAAAACGAAUAUGAAGAUGAAGAAGAAGAUGAAGAAGAAGAAGAAGAAGAAGGUGAAGAUGAAGAUGAAGAAGAAAUAAAGAAGGAUAUAGAAGAUAAAACAAAGAAAGUAAGUAAAUUAAAAAUAUCAAAAAAAAAAUCUUUAGAUGAAGAAAAAAAGAAAAAUAUAUUAAAUAGUAAUAAUUUUAUUAAAUUUAUUGAAAAUACUUCAAAAAUAGUAGAAAGAACCUUAGGAGAACAAGAAAUGUUUAAUACUAUAUUUGACUUUGUAUCAAAAGAUUUAUCAGAAGAAUCAGAAAGUCUAGAAAAAUUAAAAUUAUUGAACACUUAUUAUUGUAAAAAAUAUACAAGUGGAAGACCAAUAACAGAUGUUAAGACAUCACAUAUAUACAGUGAAUUAUUUUUAGCCUCUUAUGGAACUUCAGAAACAGCUACUUCAACUGAUCCUGAUGGAUAUGUUUUGGUGUGGAAUACGAGUAUGAACAAUAGGCCCGAGUAUGUAUUUACUUCUCAACCAGCUGUAUGUACAGCUUUAUUUAAUAAAUUUAAUCCUCAUUUAAUAAUAGGAGGAACCUAUACAGGUAAUAUUCUUCUUUGGGAUAUCAGAGCUAGAGAAAAGCCAGUUCAGAAAACAUUACUUUCAGCUAAUGGGCAUUUGCAUCCAAUUUACUGUGCAGAAAUAAUAGGAACUCAAAAUGCACAUAAUCUAGUAACUGCUGAUACAGAUGGAAGAUUAUGUAACUGGUCAUUAAAUAUGCUUACCUGUCCCUCAGAUACAGUAGAUUUAAAAAGAGGAAACAAAGAAGUAUCUUGCUGUUGUUUUUCAUUUCAAGAAGGAGAAAUAAAUACUUUAUAUGGAGGUGCAGAAGAUGGCUCUUUAUUUCAAGCACAAAUACAUGGAACUAAAGUAGGAAUAACAGAAUCUUAUAAUAUUCAUAAUGGACAAUUAACAGCUACUCAAUUUCAUCCUUUAAUUGAGGGAACCAAUGAUCAUAAUGAUCUUUUAUUAACAGCUUCAGUAGAUUGGACAUGUAAAUUAUUAAGUGUAAAGAAUGCAACAAAUCCCUUAUUUACUUUUGAUGCCUUUGAAGAUUAUUUAAUGGAUAUUAAAUGGAAUCCCGUUCACCCAGGAAUUUUUGCAACAAGUAGUAGUAAUGGACAAAUAAAAGUGUGGAAUAUCUCUUAUGAUAUAGAAUGCCCUUACUUUGAAACUAGCAUUAAUGAAAAAUCAACAAACAAAAUAGCUUGGUCAUGUGAAGGUAAAAAAUUAAUAGCUGGAAAUUCCGAUGGGUCCUUAACUUUAUGGAAUACUUCAAGUGAAAUAUAUCAACCCAGAUCAGAAGAUAUUGCUAAAUUUGAAAAUAAAAUUGCAAAAAUGAAAACAGAAUGUAUUGCAACUGAUCAUACAGAAAUUGAAAUUUAA